ACCAAGCACUCCGUAAAUAGAAGACGAGAGGAGCGAAAGAAUAAAUAAAUCCACCGUCUUAUUCAAAAGUCCUGAGCACCACCUGCCUGACGUUAUUCGAGAAGACCGCGUCACCGUGAAACCCUAACCGAGACCAUUUCAAGGUACAAAUCCGGAGAAGCUAAGCGCGGAUCAAUCUCAAGGCGACAAGGAUGUUGAGAAUCGCAGGUCGGAGGUUAUCGUCUCUGCCAUCAUGGUCCUGGAUGUCAGCUGCUCAGGCGUCUCCGUCAAUCGCAUCCCGACACCCUCUUGUCGUUUCCAGGGAUUCGUCCGAUGGAAAUCUUCCCAGAUCGGAUUCUCCUUCCAUCGGAUUUGUGUACCUCGAUCAAAUGAGAGGAUAUGCAUCUGCUUCUCUGACCCCUGCAAAAGAGGGUUCAGAUCUCCCACCAACACUGGCUGCAAUAAAGAACCCUAGCUCUAAAAUUGUCUAUGACGACUCCAAUCACGAGCGUUAUCCACCUGGCGACCCCAGCAAGCGUGCAUUUGCUUAUUUUGUCCUGACAGGUGGCAGGUUUGUUUACGCGUCACUCGUCCGCCUCUUGGUACUCAAAUUUGUCCUGAGCAUGUCUGCCAGUAAGGACGUCCUUGCCCUUGCUUCUAUUGAGGUUGACCUGUCAAGCAUUGAACCCGGGACGACUGUUACAGUCAAGUGGCGUGGGAAGCCUGUCUUCAUCAGGCGCCGGACUGAGCACGACAUCAAGACAGCAAACGCCGUUGAUGUCGGCUCUCUCCGGGACCCACAGCAAGAUAUCGAGAGGGUUAAGAAUCCUGAAUGGCUUGUUGUCAUUGGAGUCUGCACACAUUUGGGGUGCAUACCCUUGCCCAAUGCUGGAGACUUUGGUGGUUGGUUCUGCCCAUGCCACGGCUCUCACUAUGAUGUCUCUGGCAGGAUUCGCAAAGGGCCUGCCCCAUACAACCUCGAGGUACCUACCUACACUUUCUUGGAUGAGAACAAGUUGCUUAUCGGUUGAAAAGGCUGUGUGUAUGCCCACAAGGUAACGAAAGCUGAGUGGGCCUUAGAUUAUUUGAUCGUGACGAAUACUUCUCUUCAAUCUCGCGUUUCUUUCCCUGAAAAAAGGUCACUACUUUGGAUUUGCGAAAUUUUUAUUUCAUACACUAGUUUUGAACAUUGCAUGCUGUUUUGAAUAAUGCAGCUGCCCCCCCCCAAAUUGCUUAAUUCUCAAGCGGAUUUUGGAUUCAGGUUUGUAAUAAUUUGAAAUAUUUGCUAGAACAGUGAAUAAUACUUACAGAUUUCAUGUACCCCAAUAUGAUUUGUUGUGGUUUUUCUUAUUAUAUUUCCUUCCCGCGGGAGGCCGAAACAUCUGAUUGAAACAUUUUUUUGGUGGCUUUGGUAUGCCUCUUUAAAAAAGAGGGCUUGUUUUA